AGAGCUUGAGGAGGGAGGUGUGUGCUGCACACGGCGGAUCUAUAGUACGGGCUGCAGUCACCUAUACGGGACCAUACAGAAUGCUGAAGAGCUGCGGGAAGAAGUUCUUGCUGUCCCUGGUCGGGGCUACUGUCACCUGCCUGCUGGUGCUCAUGGUGGACCAGCAGACCAGGCAGGUGGUGGUGAUGGAGGUGCCAGCAGAAGUGAAGGAGGCUUCUCCGCAGAACCAUCUGGUGGUGGAAGCAGAGCCUGCUCCUGCCAAGGCUGUGGAGGGGCAAGAAGUCUCUGCAGCUUCUGCCAAGGGGGCACAGACCUUCUCGGCUUACAUCAACAAGCUGACCCGGGUGAGGAGAGACGUGGAGCAGGUGGCCACUCCAUCCACAGAAGGCACCGGCAAGCCCCCAGUGGAGGACAUCACCGCCAAUGAUGUGUUCAUAGCAGUGAAGACCACCAAGAAGUUCCACCGCCCCAGGAUGGACCUUCUCAUGGACACUUGGAUUUCCAGGAACAAGGAGCAGACUUACAUUUUCACGGACGGGGAAGACGAAGAGCUGCAGCGAAAGACAGGAAACGUCAUCAGCACAAACUGCUCGGCAGCUCACAGUCGUCAAGCCUUGUCCUGCAAGAUGGCCGUGGAGUAUGACAAGUUCAUAGAGUCCAACAAAAAGUGGUUCUGCCACGUGGACGAUGACAACUACGUUAAUGUAAAGACCUUGAUAAAAUUGCUGUCUCGCUACUCUCAUACCAAUGAUGUCUAUAUUGGAAAGCCAAGUUUAGAUCGACCCAUCCAAGCAACCGAGCGAAUCAGUGAAAGCAAGAUGCGUCCAGUUAACUUCUGGUUUGCCACUGGUGGAGCUGGCUUUUGCAUCAGCCGUGGGCUGGCAUUGAAAAUGAGUCCAUGGGCAAGUGGUGGACACUUUAUGAACACGGCAGAGAAGAUCAGGCUUCCUGAUGACUGCACCAUUGGCUACAUCAUCGAGUCUGUGCUGGGGGUGAAAUUAAUUAGAAGCAACCUUUUUCAUUCUCAUUUGGAGAACCUGCACCAAGUUCCUCAAAGUGAAAUCCACAAUCAGGUGACAUUAAGUUAUGGAAUGUUUGAAAACAAGAGAAACUCUAUCCUGAUGAAGGGGGCUUUUUCGGUUGAGGAGGAUCCUUCAAGAUUCAGAUCCAUUCAUUGUCUGUUGUAUCCAGACACUCAUUGGUGCCCCAAGACUAUUGCCUAUUAGAAGACUACAAAUCUUCUUCAACCUCGUCCCAAGUUUCCCUGGUAUCCAAAGGGCUAUGUGGGACCUGUACGUGUUACCCUUGCUGUGAACGUCGCCGAUCUCCGGUGCUGUGCUUGGAACGCACAGUUUUGAUUUCAUAGGCUGCUGUGCGGCCGAUUACUGUCUCUGCUUGAGCAGCAAGAGACUGCUUAUCUACACAGCGCACCUCCUCGUGUGGCUGAGAGGUGUGCGGACUUCUGGAACAGAGCCUGAAGACUGACAUGCUUGGUGCUUGUAUGUCGUGUGGCUUGGUCAAAGCCUGUAGACUUAUAUAAAAUUGCUUUGCAGUGUCUGCUAUUCUUAUAGAAUGUAUGCUGAAGACCUGCCUGCUGAACAUGUGCUUCCUGUAAGCUACCUAUAGUUUAUAUUUUCUUUAAAUGGCUUUCCCUAUAGUGGACCAAAUCCUAAAGCACCGAUCUUCUUGAGGGGAACCAAUGUCCUUAAUGUUCCCUAGUGACUGAAAUAUGUAAACUUUUUGGUACUUUUUAUACCAGCUUGUAAUAAUUCCAGGAGGGCCUUCUUGGUGUUACUCAUAUUUUUGACUUGCUUGCAGUUUUGGGGAAGUUUCAAGUUCCUCAAGAGAAUGUUUAAACUUUUUUUUUUUUAGGCUCCGGAUUUAUGCCCAAAUGAAGAAACCCGUUCUCUUGUAUAUCUUUUGGACAAAGGAAGUAAUAUUUUAAUUUCAUUGUACUUGGGCUCUGGUCUUAACAAGUUGGGGAUGUUCCUUAGUGUGUAUGCCUGAGAUGAUCACCACUGGGAACAUGACCUUCAUUAGGACGAAAGCUUUUACCAGGUUCCUGCCGGUGUUCUGUAUCAUAUUUGCAGCAGCUGUGGCAGUGAAUCGGGUAUUUACUUUUUGUUUAAGGCACUUUGAUUUAUUGUGUAUAGGUAUUGGAGCUGGACUCUUGAAGCACCUUAAGCUGCUGCAUUGAAAUGGUCUCACAUUGACUAAGGUCGAUGUGAGACCUUCUGCUCCCAUCCCCCCCCUUUUUUUUUUUUUUUUUUCUCUAGACCAUUUGUCAUGGUCAGGGGAAGCACAUGGGCCUGUAGUAUAUUUCGGUGCUAAAACUCUGCCAGUAAAGAACCAGACUACAAGGUUAACCUGGAAUUAUUUGCCAUUUCAAAUGGGCUCCUUUACUCCAUGAUCCAAAGGUGAAUUAUAGAAAAAUUAUUUCUAAAGAUUCCACCUUAAAAUUACCCGUAGAAUUGGGUUUGAUCCAGGAGACCUCAGCCCAUUUUUCUUGGCACGAUAGGACUCCAUCCUAUAGGAGGUAGAAUGUCUCUCCUUUUUUGCCUUGUUAACCCUUCUCCACCCAACAUGCCCAUUAGAACCCUAUGCAAAACAUGUUAUCUGGAAAUUCACUUUCAGCAUUUCAUAGAGCACACGGACCCCCUUCAAGGAUCAGUCCACCCUGCUGCAUUUAAAGGAGUCCUCCGGGUGUUUAAUAUUGAUAACCUAGGCUGGUGAUAUCGCUUUUACCGGUCACAGGGCUUAGGUCCAGCUCAGUCCCAUUCAAGUGAAUGGGGCUGAGCUGCAAUACAGAGCACGGCCGCUAUCCUGUGGACAGCGCUGUGCUUUGGUAAGCUGGGAGGAGGCCGCGGCUUUCACCAGAGAACCGCAGCCUCUUGAAACAGCUGAUCGCCUGGGGUGCCAGGAUUUGGGUCCCUGCAGAUCUCAUGUUGAUGACCUAUCCUGAGGAUAGGAGAUCAAUAUUAAACACCCAGAAACCUCCUGCAGCAGUUUAUGGUCAAACUGCACAGUUGUGCUCUGCAGAUUUGCUCCACCGCUUAAGUUUCCAGCACCCAGUGAGGCUUCUUUAGUGGCAGAGUUUUACAGCAGCUUCAAGUAUUUUUUAUUUUUUUUGGGUGUGGGGUAGAGAGUUAAUAUUAUUGCCCAUACUGGGCAUUGCUUGUAUAUAAUGUAAAGAUGCAGUAUUUUUACUGUGGAUCUCAUAAAAUCUUUUUAUUUUUAAUGUAUCUGAAUUUAUAUUUUUUUUUCUGUGGAUCAGAAAAUGUUCUGUUUUACCAAAAUGAAAUCUGUUCUAUCUUUAAAAUGCGCUUCCAUUAUUAAUUUAAUUUCCCCAGUAUCUGGGGGUUUAUUCUAGGACUUUUUUAAUAUAAAGAGAAUUAACAAUUGUUCUCAGGGGAAUUAUACCUGGUGUCAGGGUGAUUCUGGGUGCUUUUAAAUAAAGCAGUUUCUUGCUUAAAA